AUGAUACCAAGUGGUCAGCGACGUUGGAGUGAAGAUUUUCCUCACUUAUUGCAUCAAGAACGGCCUCAAAAUCUUCCAAGCAGACAUUCUUACUACGUAUUUACACGCGAUGCUGCAGCAAUGCUAGCCUAUGUGGAUUGGCAGUCCUAUGGUAAGUGCGAGGCACAAAUCGAUAGAAUUCUUGACACUUUCGACAAGGCAUGA